ACCGCUGCUCCUGCUCCUACUACAACCACUGCUCCUGCUCCUACUACAACCACUGCUCCUGCUCCUACUCCAACCACUGCUCCUGCUCCUACUACAACCAAUGCUCCUGAUCCAACUACAACCACUGCUCCUGCUCCUACAACCACUGCUCCUGCUCCUACUACAACCACUGCUCCUGCUCCUACUACAACCGCUGCUCCUGCUCCUACUACAAUCGCUGCUCCUGCUCCUACUACAACCGCUGCUCCUGCUCCUACUACAACCACUGCUCCUGCUCCUACUACAACCACUGCUCCUACUACAACCACUGCUCCUGCUCCUACUACAACCACUGCCCCUGCUCCUACUACAACCACUGCUCCUGCUCCUACUUCAACCACUGCUCCUGCUCCUACUACAACCACUGCUCCUGCUCCUACUACAACCACUGCUCCUGCUCCUACUACAACCACUGCUCCUACUACAACCACUGCUCUUGCUCCUACUACAACCGCUGCUCCUGCUCCUACUACAACUGCUUCUCCUACUACAACCACUGUUCCUGCUCCUACUACAUCCACUGCUCCUGCUCCUACUACA